AAAUAUCAUUCUAAUCCUAAUUAUUCACCCAAUAGACCGGUCUGAUGGUGGCGUGCUAUAAGGGUUUUUUGGAAAUUGUGCAACAUCUUCACCACUGUCCCUACCUGGACAUAAAUCACCAGGACAACGAUGGCAACACUGCACUGAUGAUCGCUUCACAAGCAGGUCACACCAUUACAGUGACCUACAUCCUCAACUACUACCCCGGAGCAGACACAGAGAUCCGGGACUGCCGUGGCUUCACUGCACUCAUCAAAGCUGCCAUGCAGGGUCGAGACGAUGUGGUGUCUUCCCUCGUCAUGGCCGGUGCAGACCUAAAUGCAGUAGACACCACGAAGCAGAAGUGUGCACGGGACUGGGCACUAAAGACGGGCCGCUACGAGACAUUGAACCGCCUCCGCCGCCUCAACCUGCGGCCUAGAGCCGAGCAGUUCGCUGAGAGCUACGUCCCCGAGUGGCCAGAGCUGAAGGUGCUGGUGGCCAAGGCCAUGGUCAACAAGAGCGCCAGCCAGAAGAUCACCCAGCGCAUCAAGUCCACCUUCGGCUUCAACUUUCCACGAGAUCCCCAGGAAAACGGGGUCUUGGACCACAUGGUGCGUAUCACCACCAGCAUCCACAGCCCUCUAGUGGCCACCGGCUGCCGUCCCCUCUGCCCCACCAGCCCCCCUGAAGUGGGGAAGAGGCGCCUGGCCGUGCCAGAGCUGGUGAAGAAGCAUUCGGAGAAGGAGCUGGGGGAGAGCUCUGUGUGCCACAGCAACGGCUCCAUAUCCUCCAUCAUUCCCAACAUCCACUCAGCCGAGACCAUCGCCACGUCCUGCUGUGUGGACACAGAGCGCAGGGGCAGCAUAAUCUCUAUAGCUUCCACCGGGGUGCGCACCUUCAUCCCCAGGCACAUGGCCCACAGGAACAGUGUCUUCCCUUCUGGCUGCAUCCCAAAGAUCCAGAUAGUCAAGUCUGGAGAGCCCACACCUAAGAAGGAGAAGAAGAGGAAGAAGCACAAGGGUCAUCUGGAGCCGCCCAUAUGGAAGUACAAGGCAGAGAAGCAGGAGAAGAAGAAGGCAGAGAAAGAAAAAGAGAAGAGCAAGAAGGAAAAGAAAGAGAAGAAACAGAAGUGAGGUGUCUAACACUGCCAAUUUAUUUUAAUUCCUCCCACUUCCAAUAUUUGUUUCCUAGAGUUACACUUAAAACGUUAUGCCACGUUCACACUGUGAGCUUAACUGCAUCUGAAUUCUGAAGUACUGCUCAGUACUAGAAGGGCUGAACUUUUUCCAGAUCAUUUGGCCAACGCAGUGAAAGUUUUUCUUAAGGCCAUAUCAUUCAUACUGCUUUGUAAAUAUUCCGAAAACUGUUUUAGAAACUUUCUUUGACUUUUAGGGGAUGGAUGAAACUAUUAUCCAGGUUCUGCCUAUAAUACAAUGCUGUCUUUUUGUCUUAUUGGCAUGGGUGUCAAUUGAGAAAUACGAUUUUGCUGUAUCUAAAAUAAAUGUACGACUCAGAGUUUACUGAUUUACUAUCACAAGGAACUUUCAAUUGCCUUUGGUGUCUUUCAACAGUGAAAGAGACAGUCUUCCUAAACCAUCAUCCUAUAUGGUAAUUUCUCUUUACACAUAGACCUACUGUAUGUACACGUUUAUUGCGGAAAAGGAUAGGGUUAGUCCCUUUCUGUAAAUUCUCAGAAAUUCUAGACACACAAAAACACACGUAUACUAGGCCUACACCUCAGGGAUAACUUAAAUCAAAUUACAGUGCUAAAAUGAUGAUUUCUGCAAAUGUUUAAAGGCUUAUGCAAGUGUGCAAAAAUAUUGCGAUUUGUUGAAUGCUUAUACAGAAACGAAGGCACUUUGGGUGGUGUUGCAGUUGAACAUUUCUGCAGUCUGUAUUUUUCCAAAUUUGGAUGCCAUUUUCAAACAAUAGCUAUCUUACUACUGAUAUAAUGAAUUGAUUUUGUUGAUAAAUGUGUUGGUCCUUUUACUGUGUAAAUAUUGUAAAUAAACCAUAGU